AUGAAACACAAAAUACCAACUUUGGAUCUACUCAAAACUACUAGACCAACCAGUAGAUGUGAUUCUAGAUAAUAAUCUCAUGUGUCUUUCAGAAUUACUUUAAAUACUCCUAAAUCAACUGUACGUUACAUUAAUCCAUAAACUUCAAGAAUGUUAGAAUAAUCUAUACUUAAAAAUGAUAUAUCAUCACUCAAAUCUAAGCAUCGCAAAGUUAAAACUGAGACUGAUCCAUUAGUCUUUUGGGAUUAAGUUUAAAACUUUGGACACUUAAGAACUAUAGAACCUCCAAAAUUUAAUCAAGAAAAACAAGCUUAAUUAUACCAAAAACUUAAAAAAAUGAAAAUUGAAAAAGAAGAAAAAAUUAAAAAAGAAUAAGAAGAAAGAGAAAGAAUUAAACUAUUUGAAUUAUAAAAAAAACAUAAAGAACAAUUAGCUUUAGAAUUAGAAAAAAAAAAAAUGCUUGAUUCGUAAAGAUAUCAAGAAUACUUAGCUGAAAAAUAUAAAAUUGAUAGAAGAUUCUCCAUUUUCACUCUUGUAAAUGCAUUAAUGUUAAAAUAAUUACAUUCUAAACCAACUUCUUUUAAAUUGGCUAAAUUGAUUGCUAAUCAAUACCUUAAUCUUUUAAAUUAUAAAGCAAUACUACAUAAAAUAACUAUGUAAUAAUCUUAACCUUUGUAAAUAUCUUAAAUUCUUUAAGGAAAUGCUGAAUAAUUAGCAUAAUUAAAAAAUGUAUAACAUAGAUUAAAUGAAGGAUUAAUACUUAGAAGAAAAUAAACUAGAGUGUUUUUAAAUAAAUAAAAAACUAUUUAUGAACAAAUAUAAACUCCACCUUAAUUUUCAGAAUCAGUACUUAAACGUAUUCGUUUUCUUUAAGCUUGUCUUAGAUUAAAGGUUUUUAAAUUAAAUAAAAAGAAUGUUGAACCAAAAUAAAAAGUUAAAACAAAUAAAGUUCAUCCAAAUAGAGUAAGAGCACUAAAAAAAAGAUUAGAUGACAUUGAUUUUAUUAAAGCCAAUUCUCCAUCUUAUAAUAGUCCACUUUCAUCACCUGGAUAACCUGUUGCUAAUCCAUUAGGUUUAUUUUGUACUCUCUAUAAAGUUACAGAUACACUUAAAAAUUAUGAUAGAAUUAAAACUUAAAAAAUGAUUCAAAAGACUAAUGAUUAUUUAGUUAAGAGAGUAUAAUCUUUAUAUUAUCCUGUUAUUAGAUAUGUAUCAAUAUUCUAUAAAAAUGUUGUUGUUUGGUCAAUCUAAUAUUCUGAUAUUACUUUAGAUCGAACUUGUAUUGUACUCUUUUUUAAGGGUGAAGGUAGAUCACAAUAUUUCUAUCGAUUGGAUAUUCCUAUUGGAGCUAUAUAAAAAGAAGACAUUGGAGAAUAAAAUUGUAUUACUGUAUGGCCUACUGUUCGUGAUUAUCUUAUGAGUUAUCUUGAAUUAAAAGGAUAAUUAGCUUUAUUAAAUUAAACUAAGUAUGGAUGUCCUAAAAAUUAUAAAUUAAAUUUUAUACAAGGUUUAUCAACGCGUUCUAGAAAGAAUAUUACAGAAGAAGACAUCAAUGCUAUUGUAGAAACUAAAGAAAUACUCAAUUAUCUCUAAACAUCAUAAAUUGUUAGAAUUAGAAAGAUUUUCGGAUCUGUCUAUGAAUUAUUACCUUAAUUUUAAGAUUGUAAUCUUUUAUCUGAUGCUACUUAAUAUAUUUUAAAUUUACCUCUUGUACAUGAUAUUAUUUUAUAAUUAAAAAUAUUAGAACAAUAGAUUUUAGAAUAUAGACGUAACAUUUAUAAAAAACCAUAGGAUUUGUCAAUUAGAUAUAGGGAUUUUAUUGAAAGUAAUAAAAGCAUACUCAAUUAAAUUUUAGCAUUUCGAUUUGUACAUAAUAAUAGUAUGUUUUUUUAAGAUUAAAUGCUUGAAGAUAUUUAUGAUCUUUCUCAUAAAUCUAUUUAUAUCUAGUGUGCAACUAUUAAUAUUCAAGAUAUUUUAAAUCAUUAUGAUUAUUAAAUUUGUAAUUAAAUCAGUAAAUACUGUCUCAUAAGUCUACAUUUGACACUAAAAAGCCAAUUUCAUUUUGAUGAUUUAUUGUUCAAUGCAUAAAAACAUUAAGUUAGAACAGGAUUUUAAACGAUUUCUAAUUUUUUUGAUAUUGAUUAUUCACAUUUUGAUUGGAAAUUCAAUUAGGAAUUUUUUAAAGUUAGAAUUGAAGUAACUGUAUUUGAAAGAGAUAAAUCAUUAAAAUUAAAUGAAAAAUAAUAAUCUUAAGAUAUCAAACAAUCAAGAAGUGAACGUGCUUUUCAACCAUUAAAAAUGCAAUUAGAUGAUUUCUGUAAAUUAGGUUAAGCUUUAUAAGAAACUACAUUCAAUAAUGGAGAUAUUUAAUAAUGUAAUUUUGAUUAAAUUCUUAAAAAUAUUAUAUCUGAACAAUGUUCAUAUUCACAAGUAGCUGAUUUAGUUUUGAAAAAUGCAUUUACUUUAGAUAUCAAAAAUAGAAAAAUCAUUAUUCAACCUAAAUAUCUUCACAUUUUAUCAAAAACACACAAUUUUAUUUAAAAAAUGGAUCAUCAAAGUCUUUAUAAUAAAAUUGACUGUGUUUUUAAAUAUAGUGUGUAUCCCAAUGAAUAACAUGAUAUUAGGAGAGGUUUUGAAAAUAGAGAAAAAGAAAAUCAAAUAGCUUAACAAUUACCAUUUAAUAAAUUGUUUUAGGAUAUAAAUUAAAUUGAUAUGAGAAUAAUAGUUGAAGCUAGAAAGAUUGAAUAAGUUACAGAUUAUGCUUUUGAUUUCUAAGAUUAAUGGAGUGAUUUACAUAAAUAAACUAUGACAUAUAAUAAAUAUUAAACUUUUUAAAUCCCUUCAAGAAAGUUUCUAUUUAUUGAUUAAAAUAGCUUUAUGAAGAUUAUUUACAUCAAAUAAAAUCAAUCUCCAAUCAUAUUGUAUUUAUAUGAUUAACAUUUAAUUCAUUAAAUUUCUAAUUGUUACAAAAUGAAUAAAUACCAAAAAAGUUAAAUCUUAACAGGAAUUAUUCGUGUUUUGUAUUCUCCUACUUCAUUUUUAUAUUUAAAAGAUCAUCAAUUCUAUAGUUAUUUGAAAUCUUAAUUACCAAAUUAUCAUCAAAUUAAAGUUUUAUUAGUAAGCAACUCUAAAAAAUUAUUAUAAUUUCUAGACAGAUUGGAUUAUAUUUAUAUAUUAAAAUUAUGGAACAAUUAAUAAUGUUAUGUUCAUGUGAAAGUAUAUUACUUAUAAGAUCAGAAAUAAUAACAAGGAUCAGAAAGAAUAUAUAUUUAUAAUAGUGAACACCUAUUUGUCAGUGUAGAAUUAUAUGAAUUCAAUUCUAAAUUAAAGAAAUACAUUUUAUUAUUUAAUAAGUAUGAUUUAGAAUUAUAAUUUGAUGUUGAAAAGUAUUUUGAUUCAAACAUUAUAUUUAAUUGGUGUAAGACAAUCAUUUCAAAUACAAAAUUUGAUAAGAGAUUCUUAUAUAGAGUACCUUAAAUUAUGAAAUAUAAUCAAAAUUAAUCUCCUGUGAAUUUAAAUAAAUAUAUGCUUCAUUCAUUAUUUUUUAAUAGAUAAUAAUCUAUUAACGUAAAUUAUAAUGAAAAGGUUACAAGAUGUACAUUCAAUGAAUUUCCAAAAAAUAAUUUCGAUCAAAAUACUACUGACAAAAAUUAUUUAAAUACUGUUCAUAGAAUUUUUAGAGUUAUAGGACAUUAUACUUAAAAGUUUUAUUUAAUAAAAUAAAAAAACAAAUAAAAAAUAGUCAAUGAAAUGCGUUUUAAAGAAUUAAAAAAUGUUAAAUUACUAAAGUAAGAAUUUGUGAUUAUUUCUAUACUUGCUCAUACUUAUUUAGACAUGUUUUAAAUACUCUAUUACUUUCCUAGAAGUAAAAGAAAAUUGAUGACUUACAUCAAUAUUUUACAUUUUUAGGAAAUGGAUUUUAAAGAUCAUGUUAUAUUCAAUUUGAUUACUAAUUCUUAAUUUACUGAUUAUAAUGAUUUAUCCACUAAAGAAAAAAUAAAUCAUGUAAAUUAAAAAAAACAUCCAUAAUUAGAUAUGAAUUUAAUAUAAAAGAUUAAAUUAAUCAAAAAAUCUGAGUAAUCACCUUUUGAUUUGUAAUCAGCAAAAUAAAAAAAAAAGUAAUAAUAAAGAGUAGGAUUUGCUUAAAUAAGUAAUGAGAUCCUAAUGAAAAACAAAGUCAUUAAAUAAGCAAUUAAUCAAAAUAAUUAAAUAUCAGAUAAUGUUAUGAAGUUUUUAAGUUUUACAAGAAAAUUACAUAAUGUUGAAGAUAAUCAUGAUAAAUUAAUUGAAAUAUAAAUUUGGAAUAGACUUUUAAAUGAAGUAUUUUUAUUAAAUUUAGAGCAUGAUAAAAACUUUAGCAAUUUUAACACACUGAUGGAUAGAUUAAUAGAAAGAUUUGAAGAUUUUUCAGAUUAAAAAAUAAAAAUAAUAGGCAAAGAACAUUUAAUGAAGAGAUAAUCUAUGGAAAAUUCAAGAUAUAAUUAUAAAGUCUAAACCGAAUUAACUGAAAAAUUUGAAAAUUUAAUUAUAAAUAAUCAUGUUAGAGUAACUUAACAAUUCAAAUUCUCUAAAAGUAGAUACAUUUUGAAUACAAAUUUUUUUGAUGGUUAGAUAAUGGAAUUUAUUUGUAGUGCAUAAUUUCGAAUUGAAAGAUUAGGAUCAGCUUAUGUGGAAUGUUUCUUAGAACCAUUGAAUAAUAAAAGAACUGAUAUUUUAAAACCACUAAAUCCAAUGCCUUAUUCUUCUUCAUCUAAUUAUAAUAUAUAUUUUAGAUACUAUUGUUUAACUAAUUAUUUCUUCAAAGAUAUUAGAGUUAAUCUCAGAGAACUGUUAAAUUUAUUCAUAGCAGAUGGUUUUUUUAAAUCAUAAACAAAUUAUAUGAAUAGUAAAUUAUCUAUAUCUGAUAUAAUAAAUAUGUGCCAUUAUUUAACAUACAAAAUUAAGACUUAAAAUUAUUUAAAUUUAUCACAAUUGGCUUUGUAACAUUAAGAAACUGCGAAUACUCUAAGAAAAUAUAUUAUAACUGAAAGUGUAGAUCAGUUUUAGACAGAUAAAAAGAAUGGUGGGGAAGGAUACAUUUAUAGUGAAGUAAUUAAAAAAAAGAAUAAACAUCUUGUUUUAUUAUAAUUAUAGUUAUUCUAAACAUAACAUAAAGUUAUAGUAAACUUGUUUGAAAAUAAGACUGAUUAUUUUUAGUAGAAAGAAUUGACUUUUACAUAUAUAUAAUCUGUAGUACCAAAUUUUUAAUUCCUUAUUAAGACACGUAAUUUUUUCAAGGCUUUAUAAAGAUUAGUUGAAGUACUUAAAUAAAAAUAAUGA